GCUUGCCGACUCCUCUGCAAAUUUCUAAGGCUGAGACCCUGAGGAACCCAGCUGGAGAAUGCCAUCUGAACGCUUCCUCAGUAUUCAAGAAAUGCUGACAGGCCAGAGGCUCUGCCACUCAGAAUCUCACACUGAUAGCGUCCUGGCAGCGCUGAAUCAGCAGAGAAGUGACGGCAUCCUCUGCGAUGUCACCCUGAUUGCUGAGGAACAGAAAUUCCACGCUCACAAGGCAGUCCUAGCAGCCUGCAGCGACUACUUCCGGGCCAUGUUCAGUCUUUGUAUGGUGGAAAGUGGUGCCGACGAGGUGAAUUUACACGGUGUGACCAGCCUCGGCUUAAAGCAAGCUCUGGAAUUUGCAUACACAGGACAGAUUUUGUUGGAGCCAGGCGUGAUCCAGGAUGUGUUAGCAGCUGGCAGUCACCUACAGCUGUUGGAGCUUCUCAAUUUAUGUUCCCACUAUCUCAUCCAGGAAUUAAAUAGCUUUAAUUACUUGGAUCUGUACAGACUUGCUGACCUCUUUAACCUCACUUUGUUGGAGAAGGCAGUGAUCGAUUUCUUAGUGAAACAUCUCUCUGAGCUCCUGAAGAGUCGCCCAGAAGACAUUCUAACGCUCCCUUAUUGUCUGCUUCAGGAGGUCCUGAAGAGCGACCGCCUGACCUCCUUGAGUGAACAGCAGAUAUGGCAGCUAGCUGUGAGGUGGCUGGAACACAGCUGCCAUUACCAGUACAUGGAUGAGCUCCUGCAGUACAUCCGCUUUGGCCUGAUGGACGUGGACACCCUCCAUACAGUUGCCCUGUCCCACCCCCUCGUCCAGGCAAGUGAAACCGCAACAGCUCUUGUCAACGAGGCCCUGGAGUACCACCAGAGCAUCUACGCACAGCCCGUGUGGCAGACUCGCAGGACCAAACCGCGCUUCCAGUCAGAUACUCUGUACAUCAUCGGUGGGAAGAAGCGUGAGGUCUGUAGAGUCAAGGAACUUCGGUACUUCAAUCCCGUGGAUCAGGAGAAUGCCCUCAUAGCUGCCAUUGCCAACUGGAGUGAGCUGGCUCCCAUGCCCGUGGGAAGGAGCCACCAUUGUGUGGCAGUCAUGGGGGACUUCCUGUUUGUAGCAGGAGGGGAAGUCGAGCACGCCAGCGGCCGGACGUGUGCCGUGAGGACUGCCUGUCGCUAUGACCCCCGCAGUAAUUCCUGGGCAGAGAUAGCACCCAUGAAAAACUGCCGGGAGCAUUUCGUUCUGGGAGCCAUGGAUGAGUACCUCUAUGCAGCUGGGGGCAGAAAUGAACUGCGCCAGGUUCUGCCGACCGUUGAGCGAUAUUGCCCCAAGAAGAACAAGUGGACUUUCGUCCAGCCCUUUGACCGGUCCCUCUCCUGUCACGCUGGCUACGUGGCUGACGGUCUUCUUUGGAUAUCAGGUGGAGUAACUAACACGGCACAAUAUCAGAACAGACUAAUGGUAUAUGAACCUAACCAGAAUAAGUGGAUAAGCCGCAGCCCCAUGCUGCAGAGGCGGGUCUACCAUUCCAUGGCUGCUGUUCAAAGGAAGCUUUAUGUUCUUGGAGGCAAUGACCUGGACUACAAUAACGACCGGGUCCUCGUGCGGCAUAUAGAUGCCUACAACAUGGACGCUGACCAGUGGACGCGUUGUAAUUUUAACCUGUUGACUGGCCAAAAUGAAUCUGGAGUUGCUGUCCAUAAUGAGAGAAUAUAUUUAGUGGGUGGAUAUUCGAUUUGGACGAACGAGCCUCUGGCUUGCAUCCAGGUAUUGGAUGUGAGUAGAGAAGGCAAAGAAGAAGUAUUCUACGGGCCUACACUUCCUUUUGCUUCCAAUGGAAUAGCGGCAUGCUUCCUCCCAGCUCCGUAUUUCACAUGCCCUAACCUUCAAACUCUUCAAGUGCCUCAUCACAGGAUUGGCACCAUCUGAAAAGCCAGUGCUCUCUUAACAACCAGCAUGAACACAAGGAAGAAAAAGGCCUGACUUUUGGAUACUGGGCAUGAAAAUACUCAGUGCUCAAUGCUUCCUUGUUUUGUUUUCUAGAUCUUCUAUUCAGAUAAACAUUAGCAAAAAAUGAACAGUUUUCUAAAAUACACAUUAUUGAAAACGCUUGUCACGCUUCUCAGUGUGUGUCAAUAUACAGUACAAUAUGUAUGACUUUUAUGGUGGUGUAGCUUAGUGCUAACUUAAUGGUCCAUGGAUCUUUUAAGCAUUCUUUGUACACUUUGUCUAAUCAGUGCUGUC